AUGGCCAGUCAGCCAUCGCAGGGAGCGGAUCCUUCCGCUGCUGCUGCUAAUGCUGCCGCUGCGAGUGCUGCUUCUCAGCAGCAUCAGGGAGGAGCACACGCGCAGCAGGUGGCUGGUUACCAGCAGGCAAUGCACAUGAUGCACAUGCAGGGAGGACACGUGGCGAACGCUGGUGCAAUGCCGCAGGGAUACCCUCAACAGAUGCCUGGAUCGUAUCCGAUGUACGCCAUGGGUCCCUCGGGGCCGGUCAUGGUCAACCCUCAGAUGUACGCCGCUUACAUGCAGAACAUGCAGAACAUGCAGAACGUGCAACACAUGCAAGCAGCUCAAGCUGCCGCCGCCGCCGCUGCCGCCGCUGGUGCCGCCCAGAAACCCGGCGCAUCAGCCGCAGCAGAUGGUGCUUCGGAAGGAGGUUCGGCAGCAGCAGGUAAAGCUGCAGCAGGAGGAGGCAUUGACGCGUUUGCGAGUCUGCUGGGCAGCACGGAUCGUGCUCUGCUGGCGAAAGCCGGGGAGGCUGCAGCGCAGAAGAUGCACGUGAAGGGCUUUAAGGGGCAGGGAGAGACGGACCAGGGAGCGACGGGGGAAACCGUGCCACAGCAACAGCAGCAGCAACAGCAACAGCAGCAGCAGCAGCAGCAGCAGCAGCAGCAGCAGCAGCAGCAGCAGCAGCAGCAGCAGCAGCAGCAGCAGCAGCAGCAGCAGCAGCAGCAGCAGCAACAACACCAGCAGCAGCAGUACCAGCAACAGCAGUACCACCAGCAGCAAUACCAGCAGCAGCAGAAGCAGCAGCAGCAGCACCAGCAGCAGCAGUACCAGCAACAUCAGUACCAUCAGCAGCAGUACCAGCAGCAGCAGCAGUAUCAGCAGCAACAGCAGCAGGAAGGAGGUCAACCUCUCUCCCCUGGCGCCUCAGCCCCCGCACCAGUAGCAUCAGUACCCCCGGGAAUGCCAUCAGGGAUGCCGCAAUACCCCCAGUAUGCCUAUUAUCCUGGAGGAAUGCCCUGGUGGCCUCCAGGUGCUGUUCCAGGUGCCGUGCCUGGCGCUGCUCCUGGCUCAGUCCCCGGUGGUACUUCAGUGCCAGCAGCCAUGGCAUUCGACCCUGAUGACGACUUUGGUGAUUUCUCCUCCUCCCCAGCAGUCCCCUCUGCCGCCUUCGCCCCUGCAGUCCCUGCACCUGCACCUGCACCCGCUGCAGCAUCUGGUUUGGGCAUGGCAGCAGCUGCCUCCCCCUUCCCUCCCUCCCAUGACUCAACACCCCAGCUCUCUGCUGCUGGCUUUGGAGCCUUUGCACCACCUCCUGGCGCGCCUGCUGCUGCUCCUGCUGCUCCUCCUCCUGCUUUCGCUCCUCCUGCUGCUGCCCCCACAGCAGCUCCAAGCAAGGAGAUCUCAUUUGAUAAUGAUGACGACGAUGACGACGAUUUCGGGGAUUUCGCAGGGAGCGUUGCUGUGGGUGGGAGUGCAGGCAGCGGGAGGGGGGAUACUGUUGCUACGGGUACAAUCUCCGCUUCCCCGGAGUUUGUGGGGGUAGACCUCAGCAGCACUGCGGUUACCCCUGAUCCUUCGCUUCGCCUGGAUGAGUCGGGUGCAGCGAAUCCAGUGCUGGUGCCGAGUAAUUCAGUGGCGGCAGCAGCAGAGACAGCAGCUCUAGCAGCAGCCAUGUCCGAAACCCAUGCUGCUGCUGCUGUUGCUGCUGGUGGUGCUGCUGGGACUGAUGGCGGCGUGGCUGCUGUUGGUGUUGCUGCUGGUCCGAUCCCUCUCUCUCUCUUCGGGGAUGACGUGGUGGUUGCUGAGCUGGAGAACGCUGAGCUGUCACUCGGGCCGUUCCCGUCCACUGGAAGCAGCAAGGCAGCGGACCAGGCUUCAGGCACAGGCGCAGGCACAGGCUCGGGCACAGGCACAGGCACAGGCUCGGGCACAGGCUCGGGCACAGGCUCGGGCAUGGGUGCAAGUGCAGGUGUAGGCAAGGACACAUCUACCACCGCCACUGGUGCCACUGCUCCUGCUGGUACUGGGAAAUCCGGGAACUUUAUGGAUCUGCUCUCGUCCCUCUAUGGAAGCUCGUCCGCAGGCACUGCAGCAGGCGCAGGAGCAGUAGGAGCUGCAGGGGGAGGAGGAGGAGCAGGAGCAGGAGGGAGGCUGGAAGGGGCCCGGUUGGGUCAAACUUUCUCUACCGGACGAGUGCCUCUGGCAAUGGCGUCUGCUGCUGGGUAUGGCGGUUUGUUCGGCCUACUAUCCCCAGGAACCCCACCUACCGAUGUGCCUCUAAGGGGUUCCAUGAGUGAGCAGGUGGGGCAGAGAGGGCGGGGAGGGGGAGGGGUGGGGGGGUCGCUGUCAGGGGAGAGUGGGGAAGGGUGGGAGGAGCAAGGCGACGGGUUAGCGGGCGGCACGGGCUUGUCCUUUGCGGCGGUGGACGGCGGGGGUAGUGGCACCGGUGGUGGUGGCGCCGAUGGUAGCGGUGCAGGUGCAUCCUAUCGCAGCAGUGGCCUGCCAGGGGGCGGGCUACAGGGCCUGGCAGCAGACCACGUGCUCCCCAUAGUCGGGGCUCAACUGGGGGAGGGCGUAUUCACUGCCAGCAUCACCGCCGCCCUAGAGUCCGUCCUUCAGCCCACAGUGAUCCGCCUCCCAAACGAAACCUCCCAGCAGCGGUGGGAGGAGACGCUACAGGAGCUGGCAGAAGGGGCGGAGAGUGUUGCUCGGAAUGAGUUUGGGCGGCUGAGUGGGGCGCUGGUGAGGGAGGGGAGGAUGGAGGAGGCGUAUGCGUGCCGCCUGCAUGCUGCAGCGGUGCAGCUGCUGCCCGACUGCCAGGGACAGUACUCCAUGGCUCUGGGGGAUGGACGGGUGGAGGCAGCUGCUGCUGUCAGGGAAGACAUUAAGGUCAGUGCCUUCUCUUGCUCUCUCUGCUGCUCUUUCCUCUGCUCUCUCCUCUGCUCUCUCUCCUCUGCUCUCUUUUAUGCUAUCCAUGCUGCAGCGGUGCAGCUGCUGCCAGACUGCCAGGGGCAGUACUCCAUGGCUCUGGGGGAUGGGCGGGUGGAGGCCGCCGCUGCUGUCAGGGAAGACAUAAAGGUCUCGGUGCAGCUGCUGCCGGACUGCCAGGGGCAGUACUCCAUGGCUCUGGGGUAUGGACGAGUGGAGACAGCAGCUGCUGUGAGGGAAGACAUCAAGCGCAUGGAGACUGUGUUGGGAAGCCCAGCAGCAGUGGAAGGGUGGAGGGAGAGGAGAAUGCAGGCGCUUUCAGCCCCGCCAGUACCCACCGGAGGAGAGGAGAUUCAACACGUGGAUAAAGAAGCUGACGUGGCAGCAACUGAAGGUGACAAGGAUCCAGCUGGUGCUGACGAAGCAGCCACCCAAGAUGGCCUGGCAAGCGUGGAAGGCGGGGUGGCAGAACCCGAGUCCCGACCGGAAGGACCCGAAGGCGGUGUGACAGAGACAGGCAAUGGCAUGUCAGAAGAAGCUCAAGGAGCCCCUGCUACAGCGGAAGCACCACCUGCUACAGCCGAGCCAGCCGAGAGCAAGCCAGGGAGGGAUUUGGCCUCUCUGCGGUGGGACGAGCGGUCGGUGGGGGAGAUGGGGGAGCUGCUGGGGCGCAGCAAGGGAGACGCUCGAGCUGCUGCGUUCGACGGGGAAUUCAAGCAAGCGGAGAUCUGUGAUCUGGCCGCCCGGGAUCUCACAGCAGCGCUGCUGGUGCACCGAAGGGCCGUCUUCUGGUACAACAUUCUCUCGGCAAUUUCUGCAGCGGAGGCGGCGUCGUUUGUCCGGUUGUGGGGGGCUGUAGCGGCGCGGUGUGCAGAUGUGCUAGAGGCGGCAGUGGGCGUGAAGGAAAAGGCUGCGGCUGAUGAUACUGCAACGCUCUCUGCUCUGCUCGAUGCUCCAAAAGCACGUGACUAUUUCGCAGCCAUCACCCAGACCUAUGGUGUGCUUGUAGUCAUCGCUGCUUGUGCCCAGCUGCACCGACCCUGGCUCUCCGUCAGGCUCGGCACAGGCUCAGCAGGACCACUGUCAGGUUCGGGUGAAUCCGGCAGCUUGGCAGCGGGGGGUUCUGGGGAGGGGGAGCAAGGGGGAGGGGAUGGGGAGGGGGAUAUUCUAUGGGCGCACCUGCUCAGGGGGCAGGCAGCAUGGCAGAAUGGAGGGCUGGAAGCAGUGGCCAAUGAGGUGCUGCCACGUGUCAUGGUGCCGCUGUCUUGGUCGGAUGUGGAGAAGGUGCUGGAGGGUGCUGAGCUGGCAGCGGUGCAACGGGCUGCAGAGCUGGCGCUGGAAGGGCGGCAGAGGCACAUGGGGCUCGUGGGAGGGUCAGGGACUCUGCUAUGUGCUCUCACCCGGCUGCCCAUCUUCGCCUUCACUUCGGUGGCAGCAGUGGAGUGGUAUGGCCAUCGAUACUUGCUUCCUGUGGCCAACUUCUGGGCAAACCACAUUUCAAAUGCCAGCCCGUUGAUGCUUGUUGCUAGCUAA